UCUCUCCCUCUCCCUCUUUCUCUCCCUCCGCCCAGCGUUCUUUUCUCAACCUCUUCUCUUCCUUAUUCCUCCUAGCUCUGGGUCUAUUAAUUUUAUUUUUCUCCUGUCUCCAUUAAGAAAGUGACGUUUCACAGCCUCACUUGCCAAUGAAGGACGAACAAAUGGCAGGCCCCAACGCUGAUGACUUACUCCACCUGGAUAUGAGGGCUGAGAGACGUAGGAUCCAGAAUCGCGUGAAUCAACGCACUUAUCGGAUGAGACAAAAUUUGCAAGGGAACGAUCCCCCACGGCCCAGGCGUUGGAAAGUCAUCGGCUCGCUAAGCAGUCAAGAUCCCGCCCCUAUCAACGAGAACUGUGGUGUAAUACAGCACAGUGGUACUCCUCACCCUUCGUCACCUCACAUGUCCGAUAAUUCCUUCCACCAGACCAGCGAAUUCCAGCCAGAUGCCAUCAUUUGCCGCCUUGCGCCGCCCCACGGCGGAGAACGGGGCCGCCAAUUCGAGCUGGCCGCGUACCGGCAUUAUAUGCAGGGGACUCCCCAAGUCGACCAUCUGCUCACUCUGGUCAAAUUGAAUGUCUACCGUGCAUUAACCGCCAACCUGAACGCCCUCGGGAUGACGGACCUUAGGGGGUGGAUGCACCCGGAUGCAACGUCUGCCUUUGCCACCCUGCAGCCGAGCGCAGCCCGCGAUCGGGCCCUGCCCAAGCAUCUACAGCCCACCGCCAUCCAGCGGGCGGUGCCACACCACCCCUGGUUGGACUUCUUCCCGCAUCCCCGGAUGCGCGACCGGCUGAUCGUGGCCGGGGAUCAGUACGACGACGAGGAACUGUGCGUGGACAUCAUGGGCUUCUGGAACGCCGGCAAGGAGGACCCGGCGCUGAUCGUCUGGGGCCCGCCGUGGGACAUCGCCAAUUGGGAGAUGUCGGACGCCUUCGUCCAGAAAUGGGGAUGGACGGUCAAGGACUGCCCGGAUCUGUUCCGGGCGACCAAUGCAUGGAGGGCCCUACGCGGGGACAAGCGGCUCCGCAGGGGCUGAACUGCGUUCCCCUGGUGCGCCUUGACUCUAGUCUUGCGGAUUGCCAUUCGAUGCGGUCAUAGCCGUUUCACCUGGGUCAGAGCUCGUUACAACCAGCGUAGU